AUGCUUUCGCUGGAUGAGAUCCCAACUUUGUUCGACGAAGAGGAGCCGAACGUUGCCGAUCCGACCCCCAUCCCUGCUAUCGAAGGGACCAAUGAGCAGCCAGAAGAGCUGCCGCCUGCUGCGAACUCACCUGACCAAGCCGGUCAAAAGAAGCUGAAGAAGAAGAAGUCUUCAAAGAAGAUUAAAAAGAUUGAAGACUCUUCUCGGGCACAGGACGCUCCUGCUGAGCUCGAGGCGCCAACGGCUGUGGCGUCAGACCUCGCUCUUUCUCAAGAUCGAGCUGAGGCUUCUCAUUCUCGAAAGAGACAAGCCGGAGACCGCGCCGAGGGUUCUCCAGAGCCAGAGCCAGCGAAGAGGGCUAAAGUCUGUUUUGACUAUGAUGAGGAGACUCCUUUUGAGGAGAACAUCGAUGCCUGCGCCGAGCUCUACCAUAAGAUCUCUUCUCAGGUUCCGAGUCUGCCGGCAGUCACCGAGCUCCGCUUCCCCAAUAUGUACAAAGGGAUCGCACGUACAACUGCUGUGCUCGCCAGUCAGACCAACAACUUGGUCGCAGCGUAUGAAGUCGCGCUGUACGACGAACAGGUUAGGAUUGCCGAGCUACAGGAGAGGGUCUCCAAAGCGGAAGAGCGUCUAGCCACCGAACUCCAAAUCAACGACACUCUCCAUUCUUCGGUUGAACUGCUGAAGCAAGAGAGUGCCGAGCUGAAAGCGGUGAGAAAAGAGCUGACCGAGGCUCAAAAUAUGCUUGCUCAGGAGUUCGAGAAAGAUCGGGAGCGACUUCGGGCCUUGGUGACCCACUGGAAGGGUCGAGCUAGGAGCGUUCACGCACAGUUGAAGAAGAAAGGCUUGUACGAGGUCCCGCCUGAGAUGGUAGCUGACAUCGAGGCGAAACAUGCUAAAGCUCUGGAGGACUUCCGCUCGGUCGAUGCUUGCGUCCUUACCAAAGAAGACAAACGGAUGUCUCCAUUCCCUGAAGAGGAUGAUGCGCCGGUCGUAAACGUGACCCAAAGUGCUCAGGAUCCAGUGGUAGGCGAACAGUUCGGCUCGAACGAAGACAUGCUCAAUGCUGACCAAGCUGCUACUUCGAAGACCGCUUAA